AUGGAAACACUGGAGUCAGAACUGACCUGCCCAAUCUGCCUGGAGUUGUUCGAGGACCCUCUCCUGCUGCCGUGCGCCCACAGCCUGUGCUUCAGCUGCGCCCACCGCGGAACCCCCGGCCAGUUCUGCGAGCAGGCCCCGCCGCGGGACGCCGUGAAGACCUGCAUCACCUGCGAGGUGUCCUACUGCGACCGCUGCCUGCGCGCCACCCACCCCAACAAGAAGCCCUUCACUAGCCACCGGCUGGUGGAGCCCGUGCCUGACGCGCACUUCCGCGGACUGACGUGCCUGGAGCACGAGAACGAGAAAGUGAACAUGUACUGUGUCGCCGACGACCAGCUCAUCUGUGCCUUAUGCAAACUGGUGGGGCGCCACCGGGACCACCAAGUGGCAUCCCUCAACGAUCGCUUUGAGAAGCUGAAG